AUGUCUCAGUUUGAACAAAUAUUAGAAAACAAUAACCUUCACCACAUUUUACCUACCUUAAAUAAAUUAGGAAUACAUUCAUUCGUAAGUUUAAUUAAUUAUACUUCCUCAGAUCUAAAAGAUCUAGGCGUAGACGACCUAGCAGAUAGAAUAAAAUUACUUAAACUUAUUAAGGAAAAUAAUAUAACUAAUAUUUUUAGUGAUGAUAAGAUUAUUGUGUGUGUUCGUAAAAGACCUAUAGACGAUGAAGAGGAUGAUGCUGUUGAUGUAGAUGAUAAUAAUAUUAUUGUUAACGAACCGAAAUUAAAAGUCGAUUUACAGUCUUACACUGAGAAACAUUUUUUUACAUUUGACAAGGUUUUUGAGAAGUUUAAUACCAACGAUCAAGUCUAUGCACGAGCACUAAAUCCCAUUGUUAAACAUGUAAUAGAAGGUGGAUGUGGAUCAAUAAUAGCUUAUGGUCAGACAGGGACAGGUAAAACUUACACUAUGAUGGAAGAAAAAUCAGGAAUAAUAUAUCAGGCCUUAUCUGAAAUUUCGCAUCAUAAACCGAUCGGCGUGAUAACAUUUUGUGAAAUUUAUAUGGGAAAUAUUUACGAUUUAAUUAAUAAAAGAGAAAAAAUUAUUUUAAGAGAAGUCGGUGGUACAGUUCAUCUAACAAAUAGUACAUCUUUGGAAUUUAAAUCUUUUGACGACAUCUGUAAAAUUAUUAAUAGAGGAUUAAACUUUAGACGUACAGGCAUAACUGGUGCAAAUUCAAAAUCUUCGCGAUCUCAUGCAGUUUUAAUCGUUACUUUUGACAGACGAAAAUCGAAUGCUUUGAAUGGUUUAAAUUCGCUCAUUUUUGUAGAUUUAGCAGGAAGUGAACGUGGAACAGAUAGAAAAUCUAGUUCUAAUGAAACUAAAAAUGAAGGUGCUGAAAUAAAUAAAAGUUUAUUAGCUCUUAAGGAAUGUAUAAGAGGUAUAGAACAAGACAAAAAACAUUUGCCAUUUAGACAAAGUAAACUUACACAAAUUUUAAAAAAUUCUUUUAUAGGAGAAUCUAAAACGUGUAUAAUAGCCACAAUAAGUCCCACUUAUGAUAACAUAGAGCAUACGCUUAAUACACUGAGAUAUGCAUCACGCAUUAAAGAUUUUAAAAAUCCAACUCCGCGAUCUAUUCACAAAGAACCUUCUAAUAUGUCUAUUAUUAAUGAUUUUUCCCCUAGUAAUUCUGAUAUGAUUUCUAGCAGUUCAUUGUUGUUUAGUCCGAAGUUUAAUCUUUCUAAUGACACGAUUUUACAUGAGCAUUCUUUUAGUGAAAGAAAAAAAGUGAACUAA